AUGGCGGUGCAGUACAAAACGAAGCCACCAAGUGACGAGUGCAAAUGGAUCUGCAUCUAUCCGUUGCGGUGGAUUCGCCGACAGCGCAAGAAAUCUACGAUAUUUUGUCGAAUGCCGAAGAAGAUGCACCCGUUGGAUCCGAAUCGCGAUGCGAAUGCGCAAGGUCGAGUGCGAAUGUCUCUGAUGUUAUAUGCGUGCGAGAUGAUCCCGAAACUGAAGUCACGUCAGGCUGGUGGCGGUGCAACAUCCCAAACUACUGUGACCGGUAAUAGCAGUGUCACCGGUGGCACUGGCGGAGGUGGUGGUAAAGCAAAUAAAAAGAAGAAACGAUAGCG